AUUUUAAAAACAACAAUAACUAUAUAAAGGUGACCUCAUGUUUGAAAAAGUCACUCUGUUCAAUACAUCCAUAACUGCCAAUACACAUAAGAAGAUAUAAAAAUGAACAAAUACGGAAUGUUAGUUCUUGCUGCCGUUUUGGCCACAGUAUAUGCUGGCGCUAUUAAAGGUACUACCGACGAAGAAAGGGCGGAGUAUAAUGUCGUGCAUAAAGCUUGUCAAGAUGAUCCAAAGACAUUUGCUGAUGAAGGUCUUGUUCAGAAACUGUUCGAAGGCAUUUUCACCGAAGAUCAACAGCUGAAAGUACAUAUGGUUUGUAUGUACAAAGGUUUCCAUCUUAUGAAGCAUAACGGAAAACUGAACAGAGAUGUUCUGAAGAGAAAGUGGGCAGAACAUGCAAGUGGACCUCUUUUGCAUAAACUUGAUCAUUGUCUGGUAGAAAAGAGUACACCCGAGGAAACUUCUUGGGAACUAAUGAAAUGCCAACAUAACAUUGGAGUUUCUCUUUAUGGAAGAUAAUUUAUUGGUUAUGUUUUUAAAGUCUGAAAUAUACACUUGCUUCAAUAA